ACAUUUCACCCCACCAUAAUUGAAACUGGCAUGGUCUCAUUUCUCCUGUUUACUCUUACUAAGCUUCAGAUGGCCUCCACGAAACAGGUAACAAGGCUUCUCAGUCUCAAUGCAUCAAAAACGCAUUUCUACGGAGUUCCGAUAUUUAAAUAUGAUGAUCCAAGUAUCACUACGGGUUUUCUAGUGGUCUCAAAUCGCCUACUCUUUAUGAGUUCGGUUCUCUCACCUUCUCCACCAAUUCGCGCUCGGCAACCUCAUUCUCUGGUUCAUCUUCAAUCUAGCGCAACUAGAAAUGGACUCAAGCAACAUAACCUCAGCGACCCGCGUAUUCCCGCUAAGCGCAUGAUUGUCGCCCUCGAAUAAUUGAGCCCGCCUGUUUCCCUUAUCGCCCUACAUAUUGUACAACCUCUCGGAACACGAGGAACUUAAUGUAGUAACACCGGUACCAUGUAACAGGAGAACAAAUCGCGGGGCGAUGUGGCGAAUCCCAUCCAUCUCGGCCGUCUGGCUCACCACGGUGACGCGCCCGAUAACACGCUCAUCACUUCCGCGGACUGUAAAUACCGGCGAACCUCCGAAUUAUCAUCCGAUUAAUACGAAACAAUUUAACCCAUAUAAAUCUUGGAGGUAGCUCGCCGCCGCUCGGACAUCCGUUAAGUAGUACCGAUUGCGCGCCCGGCACCGGUAGGCCAGACGCAGCACCGGAACUCCAGUUCCCAAGGCGGCGGACUUUGUGUCCAAUGACAGGUAAAUGGAACUAGGGCCUACAACAGGUAUUUCGCUGGAGCUGGGGACACAAAAUCUGUCAGCAUAGGGUUGCCACCAUAACCACCGCGUUGGGUGUUUGAUUUCAGCGGAGAAAGUUCGAUGUGUUUAUGCGUGGAAUACCCAUUGUCUAUAUUGCUGUAUAAAAUUGUUGCUAAUAUUUGAAGCUUCAUCAGGUCCGACAUUCAUUCCAUUUCUAAGGUGGCGAAAUGGGAUGACGAUAAUGCUACCCAUCCACUUUUGAGAUACUCGUCUCAUCUACGGAAGAUACCUUACAGGCAUUCUCAAUCGUUGCUACCGAACAGUCGCAUUAAAAAAUUCAUUUAUGACAAAGUACUCGGGUAGAUAAAGUGGCGUGUUAAGCAUUAAUCAUUAUGAUUCACCUUCGGCUUAGAAUACCAAUAUGGAUUCAAGGACCAAUGGGCGAAUAUAAGUGUCUACCUCCCAAGAACUUGUCAUAAUACACCAGUCUUAUGACUCGGAGCCGCGGACAAUGUUGAAGCCGUAUUACCAUAUUAAUCCCUUCUUAUCAACAUGGCCUCGUGUCGGCUAUUCCGUUUCGAGAUGAUGCGAGCUGGUAUUGGUCAACAAGGUGGUCAUUGAGAAAAGAGGCCGCCUUCCAGUUUCCAUCACAUAGCUAGGCAAACUUCAGGUUGUGUAUUUACUGGCUUAAUCAUAAAAUGAACCAGCUUGUCCUGGUAGCUUUAGGCAUCUGCCGAGGCGAAUAAUCAGAUAAAAAUAAGUAGGUGCCAAGCCGAGGAAAUGUAGAAGUUAUUAUAAUCUUAGUCAGAG